AUGAAAAUUAAUGAUAAUAAUGACAAGUCAUUUCAUUCUGCCUCCAUCCAUAAAGCUUCUUCUUUAUUAAGCCUGAUUGAAGAUGUGAAUAAUCAAUAAGUUCAAAAUCAAAAUAUUUUACAAUAUACAUCGAAAAACAAAGGAUUUAAUCCUUAACCAAUAAUUUCUUCCGCAGUUGCUAGAGAGGUAGAAGAAUUAGAGUAAACCUACAAAAAUUAGUAAAUUAAAGACAUUUAACCAAUAGGGACUAAACCUUUUUAUAUAGAAUAUAUGGCAUACUAUUCUUGCAGCUAAUCCUAUCAUCUUUAAGAGGCCCCUUAUAUUUGACAUUACACAAGAGCUCUAUCAUUAGAGCAGCUUGGAGAUAAGGAUUUACUGCUUUAAUUUAUCUGCCAAUCAGUAUCUAUGAAUUAAAAAACAACAAAAAUUAUAUCAUUUCAUUUAAGGAUUAAGAAUUUAAUUUACUAAUGGCCUCUGUAGCCUAAGCAGUAUUAAUAUUUAAUAUGAAUUUGUAGAUUUUUGCAGUGUCCUUAUCAAUAUCUGUGACACAUACUCAUGUCUCAUAUGCCCUUAUGUUUUAUAAUAGUUCUCUUCUAUUUUAUUGUGGAUUCAAAAUCAUCACAAAACAACAUUGCCAUAUACUGGAAUAUUUUGGAUUUGGAGUUGCCUUGGUGUUAUUGAUAGUAAUUUUCACAAACCAUAGUUACACAUUUUAUUCGAAACAAGAUGUUUCAAUUUUAGAUAAAAUCAUAUAUGGAGAUUUAACUGCGCUAUUUGGAGGUGGAGUUUCUACUUUAUUUUAGUAUUUAUUAUAAUAGAGUUAGUGCAAAAUAUUAUUCUAAAUUGAUAUCUUGUUGUCCAACUUUUACAUUAUUCGCUAUUAUUAGGGCUUUGAGUACUGUGAUGUUGAUAGCGAUGACAUUUAUCUUUGAUAAUCAGCACAACUUCUUUGAAUUUUUAGAACCCGUUCUUUUUACUCAAAUUUUCCUGAAUGCCUUGUUCACUGGUGUUUUGAUGAAUCAAUUAUAAUCAUAUGUGCAAUUAUUUGUUGAUCCAUUAACAUAUAAUUCUGCUAACUUUUUUUAACCACUUUUUGGGAGCAUUUUCUCUUAUUUUUUAGGGCAAGUAUAGAAAAUCACAAUAUAAAUAGGAAUCUUUACCAGGAUCAUUAUCUGUAAUUUGUAUGAUUUUGUACAGUAUCGGUUUAUUGUUUAUAUAAAUUGGAAGGUCUAAAUCAGAAACCGAGGAUCUAAACCUGGAUAUUGAAAUGAGAUAAUUAGACACAGUGUGUCUUGAAAAUAAUCCUUUACUCUCAAUAUUUUAAUCUACUUAUAGGGAGAGAGACGAUUAAAUGAAAAUAUCACUAUAUAAAAGAAAGACCAUUUAAAGACUGCAAACGAAAUAAUUUGUUGAUUAUAGUAUGGAUUAAUGA